ACUCUGCAAUUCCUUUCCUCAUAUCCAACCCCCUCAUGCUUCAUGCUUCAUGCUUUCCCUCCCAUCACUACCAACCAAGCAACAAAAACUAACCAUAGCCCUCCGAAUAAUCCAUAUAUAUCAUCCUUCUCCAAAGUCUUCUCUCUCUUUGUGAUCUUUUUUAAAAGUUGGAAUUAAUUCUCCAAAUGAAUGGUUUUUGAGUUUUUGCUGAACACCAAUUAAGCAGCAAAUAUUGGACAACAUGAUCCCAGCAUGUUUCAGCCACCCCAACACACUCUCAAGCAGCUCUCAAGUGCCUCAAAGCCUCAUUACCUCCAUUUACCAGACUCAGCUUUGCAAUUCACCCAUUUAUCUCACACUUACAUGGUCCAAAUCCCUUUUCUCUCACUCCCUAACUAUAUAUGCUGCUGACUCUUUCUCAAUCACCAUCUCUCUCCACCCAUCAACCUUCUCUUUCUUCAGAACCAGACCAGGUUCCAAAUCGAUCUACUUAACCCACCACCAUUACCAGAGGAUCAAACUCUACUGGGACUUCACUCGGGCUGAGUUCAACACCAACUCAGCAGAACCCGAGUCAUGCUUCUACAUUGCCAUCACUUGCAACGCCAAAUUGGAAUUCUUUCUUGGAGAUCUUUUUGAUGAGUUGGUUAGGCGUUCUGGGUUGGUUCCGACUCGGCAACUCGUUCAGCCUACUCUGCUUUCUAGGAGGGAACAUGUGUUUGGACGCAGGAAUUACACAUCCAGAGCUCAGUUCUUGGGGUCCAAACAUGAAAUUGGAAUAGAAUGUAGUGGGGGUACGCUUAAGGUUAAAGUGGACGGAGAGAUUAGCCUGAUUGUGAAAAGGUUGGCUUGGAAAUUCAGAGGGAAUGAGAAAAUUUUUGUGGGUGGUAUUGAAGUUGAAUUCUUUUGGGAUGUGUUCAAUUGGGUUGAUAAUAACAAUGGAGGUGGUAGUAAUGGAAAUGGAAAUGGACAUGGACAUGGGACUUUUGUAUUUCAAGUUGGCGAUGGUGGUGUUUGGCCAGAAAUGGUUGGUCCAGAGAGGAGGUUGAUGAGGAAGAGCUUGUCAACACCUGGAGGAACUUCAUCAAUGCCGUCGAUGACGGCGUCGUUAUCGCCGUCGCCAUCGUGUUCAAGUGUUCUGCAAUGGGCAGAGGAGAGCAGUGAUGGAGGGAGGAGUUCAUGUUCCUCAUCUACGAGAUCAUAUGGUAGCAAUGGGGGUUUCUCUUUGUUGCUGUAUGCUUGGAGGAGGGAUUGAAUUUUUUUCAAGUUUGGUUAAAAAUGCAUUAUUACAUAUAAUAUAUGAUUUGUUAAUUAUGUCACAAAAAAAUGUGUUGGAUUUUAUGACAAAUAUCUUAAUUUUGUUACUGCUGUAAUUAAUUUAUAAUUCCGAUGUCUUAUAAGAGGCAAGGAAACCAUUUCUGUGUAACUAAUUAAGCCAUUUUAAUUUUGAAAGUAACUUGAUUUUUUAAAGUGAAGGAAAAAAAAAAAAAGGAAAAAGAUUGUAAUUUGUCAAAAGAAAAUUGUGGAGAAAAAUAAAAUUUUAAUAUAAAAUUUUUGAAUAAGAUAAUGUAUAUUCUGAGAUCUUCGUAUAAUUUUUCAAGAAAAGUGUCUUUUUUUUUUUUUUUUUUUUUAAUUAAUGGUUUCGAAUUCAAACAUAGAGUGUUAUAUAGUGUGUUAUAGCUUUAUUUUAGUUAUCUGUAUCCGGCACUUUUGCCCUGGACGCUUGUUUUGAGGAUUAGAUGUUUCACCUUUAUCAGACAUCUCUAAUAAAGCAUCGAUCUCUUUGGAAAAAUGAAAAUACAUAAUCAAUGAUAAAAAUAACAAAAGAAAUGUAAGUUAAAAAUGUCAAAUUAAUCUAGAUAUAACGUAUCCAAAUUUAGAUAGGUUUAUGGAAUGGAAGGUAAGCUGGAGAGCAAUUUGACCUUUUUUGGUAAAUAAGUGAGAGCAAUUUGACCUUGUAAACAUAUUUCUUCAGCUGUCAAUAUGAUAUCGAACACCUUUGGCUAGUUUCAAAAACCAUAUCAAUAAAGUCGAAAUCAAAGG